AUGAAUCAAAAGAAACAAAUAAAAUCAGAUAAUCUACAACAACAACAACAACAACAACAACAACAACAACAACAACAACAACAACAACAACAACAACAACAACAACAACAACAACAAAAACAACAUAUAAAAUAUUUAAAUUCAAAUUUUAAAGAUGUUGAAAAGAAUAAAAUAUUAGUUCAUUUAAUUGCAGGAAGUGGUAGUAAAUUAGUGGAAUCAUUGGUAAUGUUUCCAUUGGAUACAAUAAAGACAAGACUACAAUUUCAAGGUGAUUUCAGUCGAGGAUCAAUAAAGAAUCGAUAUAGUGGUAUUGUUAAUGCAUUUAAAACUACAAUUAGAUCAGAGGGUAUCUUAUCAUUGUAUCGUGGCUAUAUACCACAUACACUCUAUGUAUUACCAGCAAGUGCAAUAUCAUUCGUUUGUUAUGAAGCCAUAGUUCAAGAAGCAAAGAAAUCAAAGAAAUUUAAAAACAUGAUGUUUGAUACAAGUGGUAUAAAAGCGGUGAAAGAGACAGGUGAAGACCUUAGAAAUGGUGGUAGUACUAGUACUAGUAGUGGUAGAUUUGGUGUAUUAUUACCAAUAUUUGUUAUGACAAUUGCAAGAAUAACGGGUAGUGUAUUAAGAACACCAUUUGAUGUCGUUAAAAUGAGACAACAAGUAUCAGGUUCAUUGGUGAAUGAACAUGUCAAAAAAACCAAUUCAACAGCAUUCAAUAGUGCUUUAAAAAUUAUUAAAACCGAUGGUAUUAUCGGUUUAUUUAAAUAUUCAUAUGUCUCAUUACUAAGGGAUUUACCAUUCACCGCAAUCUAUUUCUCAACUUAUGAAUUCUCAAGAAAUUAUCAAAAACAUCUCAUCAAUAGAGGUUUAAAAAGUGGUGAAAAAAAGAAAAAACUGUCAUCCAUUAAUAAUUUAAUAUCUGGUAGUUUGGCUGGUGCGUUUGGUACAACUCUAACAAUACCAAUCGAUGUUAUAAAAACUAAUCUUCAAACUCAAGAUUUAUUACCAAAAGAAAAAAGAGUUUUUAAUGGUGUUAUUUCUGCUUUUAAAUAUAUUAUUAAAAAUGAAGGUUUCAAAGGUUUAACAAAAGGUUUAUCAACACGUCUUAUUCAUAUUGUUCCCUCUGCUGGCUUAUCGUUUUGUGCUUACGAAUAUAUAAAAAAACUAUUAUUAUAA